AUGACGCCCCGCAUGGGCGAGGAGCUGUGGCGCAUCAAGGAAACGAUGUUUACUGGUGACGAGGACAUGCAUCGGGCCAUGGGCCGUGUUGUCGUCGACAAUGACCAAAACAACGAGUCUGUCACCCAUUUUGACACUUCCACCGCGACCCAGGGGUCAGCCUCUAGUACUACAGUGCUCCCGGCCAACUUCCACGAUCCAACCCCCACCAUUUCCAUGACAACCUGA